CUGGCAAACUAAAGUUCAGCCUUGUUAUACCUUGCACAAUGAAUCCUUUAACUAAUGUAAAAAAUAUACAGAAGCUCGGAGAGCAGGAAUUAUUCAGGAAUAAUAAAACAUCUUGGCAUGACCAAUAUAAGGAUAGUGCUUGGAUUUUUGUUGGUGGUUUACCAUACGAUUUGACAGAAGGUGAUAUAGUUACCAUAUUUUCUCAGUAUGGGGAAGUAGUAAAUAUAAACUUAAUUAGGAACAAAGAUACAGGCAAACAAAAAGGUUAUGGUUUCUUGUGUUAUGAAGACCAAAGGAGUACUGUUCUAGCUGUUGAUAACUUUAAUGGUACUAAGAUUUUAGGUAGAACAAUACGAGUUGAUCAUGUCGCAAAUUAUAAAGCACCAAAGGAUUCAAAAAACAUCGAUGAAGAAACCAAACAGUUGAGAAAAGUAGGUUGCGCUCCAAAAAAUUUAUCUUAACAUGAUUAUGUAUCAGUAUUUUUUUGUGUUUUUCUUCAUGUAACAAAGAAUCAUUAUGGUCGUCAAAAU